GGAUCACUAGUUACAGUCAUUGUCUUCAUGCUACACCACCAGAUACAUAAAAAGCAAAUAAGAAAACCAGUCUCAAAAGUUUUGCAAAACCCGGUAAACCAGGCAGAGAUCAUGUGUAUAAACGAAAAAGCUGGAGAGGAAGCCAACACGAAGGGCGUGUACAGUGAAAUAAAAGAACAAAAAUCCAUGAAGGCAUCUCAGGCAGAAUCUAAUGAUAGUAUGUACAAUCACUUGAAUGAAACAGAGACAGUGGACAGAGGUGAGUACUACGAUCACGCCAGACCAGGACACUCAGUAUCGACACCAUCUGAUGGGUGCGGAACUGUGACUGUGGAUUACGAUCAUGCCAGACCAAGCCAUUCAGUAUCAACACUAGCUGAUGGGUACGGUACAGUGACUGUGGAGUACAGUGGAAAUGAUAAAUGUCCAGAGGAUGAAAAGUCAAUGAUUUAUAAUGAUAAAUUAGGCGAAAAAGCCAAAGCAGAUGAAUAUUUUGUGCUCGAAAAAAUACAGUAAAGUAUCCCAUACAACUGAUUAAGCUUUGCACUCAAGCUAUAAUAACUUUAAUAGUUUUAAA